AUGAGAGAGUUAGUUAAAUUAUUAAAUCUAAGUUUGUUUUGUCUAAGUUUAAGUAAAAUUGAAUGUCUAUCUAAGUUUAGAUUAGAUUCGAAGUAUGGGAAUGUGAGAUGGACACUACAAAACAAAAACAAAUCUAUAUGGGUACCAGGUUCAGUGCCGGGCGGUGUAUACACGGACCUACGCAAUGCGGGUAUUAUUGGCGACAUCCUAUCUGGCUUCAAUGACGUUCUUUGUAGAUGGGUAGCUUAUGAUACUUGGACUUAUAAUGGCAAAUUUAACGUUAGCACAGAAAGUUUAAGCUAUCUGAAUGCAAUAUUGGUUUUGGAAGGCGUGGAUACGGUAUCUUACAUAGAACUAAAUGGCAGUCCCAUUGGAGUCACAAGCAAUAUGUUCGUCCGAUACGUUUUUGAUGUAAAGAAAUAUUUGAAGGCAGGUGAAAAUGAUUUGACUUUAAACUUCGUAUCACCUACACAAUAUGCCAAAACUCGCUCCGAGAACUACUUUACAGCACCCCGUUGUGUCCCUGAUGUAUAUAACGGAGAAUGUCACGCCAAUCAGAUAAGGAAGAUGCAAGCUUCCUUCAGCUGGGACUGGGGUCCAGCGUUCCCAUCUGUUGGAAUCUGGAGAUCAGCAAGCGUAGAAUAUUUUGAUGGUGCUGUGGUAAGAUCCAUCACUGUCCAUACGAGGAAAGAAGAUAAGUUCUGGAGCUUAAAAGUUAAAGUGUAUUUGGAAACAGGUGAUCAUGUAAAACACAUAUAUGGAUCAUUAUCUCUAUAUUUGGCAGUCGAAGGACAUCAGAGCUUUAAAAUUAAGAAGAAUAUAAACACGACAAUAAGUGACGGCACAUAUGAAUCAGAUCUGGAAUUGAAUGUCAGUGAGAAUUUAAUACGUGAAUGGUGGCCAAAUGGUUACGGCACUCAACAAUUAUACAAUCUUGUAGUCAUGUUUACUUGUAAUGAAAGAAAUCAUACGGUAUCUUACAAGCAUGUGAUGAUAGGUUUCCGUACCAUAGAGAUAAUAGAACAAGAUGCUUCGUUGAUUUUUGAAAAUAACACAAUUGCUGGAAAAGGCUCGACAUUUUAUUUUAAAGUAAAUGGAUAUCCUCUUUUCAUGAAAGGAUCUAAUUGGAUCCCUUCAAAUAUACUUCCUGAAAAGGCUCAAGAAAAACACGAAAUUGACAAUUUGUUGAAUGCCGCUCGCGAUGCACAUAUGACUAUGCUUCGGGUUUGGGGAGGGGGAAUAUAUGAGUCUGAUUAUUUUUAUCGCCGCUGCGAUGAACUUGGUAUUUUGAUUUGGCAAGAUUUCCUUUUUGCGUGUUCUAUGUAUCCAGCUGAUCCUGAAUUUAUUCAAAAUGUAGAGGAAGAAAUAGAGCAGAAUGUGAUUCGUCUUCAGCAUCAUCCUUCAAUAGCAGUUUGGGCGGGCAACAAUGAAAAUGAAGUUGCACUACGUGGCAACUGGUAUGGCACUAAAGAACAAUUUGAUAAAUAUAAACAGGAAUACAUAAAACUUUAUGUGGAUACUAUAAAACCUAUAGUCGAAACUAUCGACCCUGAGCGACGUUACUUAGUUUCAAGUCCUUCAAAUGGUAGAAAGUCUGAAGAAGAUGGAUAUAUUGCCCAAAAUCCCUAUGACCCUCACUAUGGGGACACUCACUACUAUAAUUACUUAGCAGACAAUUGGGACCAAAAUAUCUAUCCUCAAACGAGAUUUGCUUCAGAAUAUGGAUUCCAAUCUUUGCCUUCUUUAAAAACUAUGAGAACAGCAUCGAAUAAGUCAAGUGAUUAUAAACUCGACAGUGACUUCUUCAAACACAGACAACACAGUCCUAAUGGCUACAAUUUUAUCGAAACGCAAAUUAAAAAACGGAUGAAACUUGAUAAAGACGAUCCUAAAUAUUUUGAGAAGUUCAUAUUUUAUAGCCAGAUAUCUCAAGCUAUGUCAAUGAAAGCUGAAACAGAGUAUUAUCGACAAAAUCAAGCCAAUUGGUACACAAUGGGUGCUUUGUACUGGCAGCUGAACGAUGUGUGGCAAGCGCCAUCUUGGUCAGGAAUUGAAUAUGGUGGCAAAUGGAAAAUGCUUCACUAUUUUGCAAAGUCCUUUUUUGCACCUGUUCUGAUUUCUCCAAGACUUACGAUGCUAGGCGAUGUCGAUGUUUAUAUAAUCAAUGACAGAUUUGUGCCAAUAGUUGACGCCGAAAUUAUAGUAGACAUUUUUAAUUGGAGUAGCUUAGUACCUUUUAAUUCACAACGGUAUUCAGCUAAUGUUGAUCCAUUGAGUAGUGAAAAGCAAACAACUCUAAUUUUAUGGAAUACAGAUAAUAAGGAUAAAGUGUUCGUAAGGCUUAAAUUGGAAGUCGAAGGCGCUAUCUCUCCACCGAAUUAUGUAUUCCCUGUACCAUUAAAGUCGAUAAAUAACCUGAAAGAACCAAAAAUAAAAAUACACAUCGUAAGAGCAAUUCAAGAAAUCUCCGAAGGCCUUAUUAAGUUUGAGAUAAAUAUAAAUGUCGACACGAUAGUCCUUUUCUUAUGGUUGGAAACCGAUACAUUAGAUGGAUACUUUGACAAUAAUGGGUUCAUCGUCACAGAACCUAUAAUCAACGUUGGUUUUUUUACCAAAAGCAGAAUAACCUCAGAAGAAUUAAAGAAAGCAAUAACCUAUAAAUAUUACCUUAAC